UUGAAUGAGAAAAGUAAGGGAACAGGGUAGAAGCUGAACGACCAGUCGCAUGUCAAUUAUUCACCUCAAACUAUUGUUUUAUAAACAAACUUUAUUUUAUCGUAUGAAAUCACGUUUUCGUUCAUCUCGAUACGUGGACGUCCAAUAAGUUUUAUACGUUCAUGUUUAACACGAAAUGGUCCACCGUGGGAAUUUGAAUUCAAUCACGUCAGUUAAACACGAUCGAGGAAAUUAACCGUAAACGGAUGCUGCGGAACGAUCAUGUUGAACUGCCAAUGGCUUCUAUGCCUUGUCGUCGUACUAGGGCUAUCAGCGCGUCGAGCAUCAUCGAUGAAUGAGCAGCCAGCUCACGGGAAGAACUAUUCCCAAAAAUCAAGGGAAAAUGACGCGAUCCCUUUACUGAAUGCGGAUUCAGACAGCAAAAUGCGACCAGCUGAGGAGCAUGCAGAAGAAGAUAAUCAGGAUCAAGUGCGGCCUGCGAGUCCAGGUGUUACCACUAUUGACCUAGCAGCAAAUUCAACAAGUAUAAACGGGAGCGCCACCUUCGUAUCAAACGUCGGGAAACUGGGUUCUACCCACGAUCAAUCGCACUCGAAGCGACACUCGCGGCGGUCGAAAUUGUACCGAAGAGAAAGCAAAGUGAAGUCGCGUGGAAGUUUGACGAAGAACAAUGCUGCGAGUCCGAUUCAGACACUCUCCGGCAUUGAAAAGUCUGGCGGUCUAUAUCAGGAUCCCCCCCGGGGCCCAAAACGGAACAAUGGAUUAGCCAAACUCUUGGACUCCACCUCAAAAACGUCCAACACCACAUCGGCGCCGAAUUCUGUCGUUGUGAGCCGCAAUGAUUCAACUCCGUCCACUCUUCUUUCUACAGAUGAAAACAAAGUUCUUCGAGAUAAAUCAUCAGACGAGUCCUCCAAACUAGCUAAAGGAUCAGGUUCGACUGAAAAUUGGUUCAACUUCUCCUCGUCGUCAUCGUCGUCAGCGGAGUCUACGAUUAACGAAACUGCGUCAUCCGUCGAGCUGAUGGCGUUCGGAUUCGAAAGCGCUGAAGAGUUUCGCAGGUCUGCUUCGACAACUUCAAGUCACGUGGCAUCUUCAUCAAUUGCGGCGAUUCCUUCGUCUUCCACAACGACAGGAUUAGCGACUCAAGUCUCGGAUCGAUCUUUUGACAUGUCGAAAUCCAAUUCUGGUCGCCCAUUCAGUGUCGAGAUGAUCAAUCGAAGUCAACCGGUGCAGAGAGCUGCGAAACAACGUGAUGUAGACGAUAAUGGUUUUGUAUACAGUGUUCACUCGGAGGAAAAUCGAGAUGUAGCCCGUGAAACCAACGAAUCGUUUACCUCGACUAGAACGCCUGGCGAUAACCUGACGAAGGAUCAUUCAGGAAUUUCGACAACAAGAGGAAGCGAUUCGUCUACGUUGGAAACCUCCUAUAAUACGAGCUCGAGAAUUUCGGUGGUUCGUAAUGGGUCAGAUACCGAUUCCGUCGCUGAAAGUGCAAAGAAUUCGAGUCACGACAGACCUGACUUCAACGGAUAUUCAUUGAGCUCAGUGAAUGAUAGUUUGAAUCGAUUGACUCUCUUGAAGGUAGCCGAUACUCUGAAACACAUUGAUUCUCGAGAAGCUCGUCAUUCGUAUGCUUACAGUAAUUCCACAUUCUCUGAAAUCUCGGACGAUGCCUCGCCAAAACUCCAAACUGAGUCUGUAAAGCUUUUGCAGCCUUCGUUAGGAGCUGGACUGCAUUCGCCGAAACGUAACGAUACUGAGCUUAAAGCAGCCGACGAUUCAUUCGCAUUGCCGAUACGGAUGUCGAUCGAUGGGCCCCUGAAAUUGACGAUUCCUUUGAACAUUGAGACGAUGGCCAAGGCUGGCACGAGCGACAAUUCAGCAGAAAAGAACGUGGAAGUUCCACGUCAGUUGAAAACAUCAGCAACGACUUCUAGUGGUCCUUCUUUGCCGGAGAUUGUAUCCAAAAAGAGAAACGCUGAUCACGGACCCCUCGAUUUGGACCAGUAUCUAUCAUCGAAAUGCACCCCGGGUUCUUCGACUGAGCGGUCGGAAAACGUCCGGAGAGUCGAUAAGGAAACCCUGGUUGAUGGACAGCGUACUGGUGCUGUGACGCUCGCAGUUCCUGAAAGCAGCAUUUCCAAACUGGAACACUGUUUGACGCGGUCCUCUUCGUCAGCGAUGCCCCGUGAUUUGAUUAACGAUCCUGAACGCCGCCUCGAGGCUCUUGUGGCGUCAAUUAUUCCCGGCAAUCCCGAGGAGAGAGAAGAAGCCGAUACGACGUUUGCACUAAAUCGAAGUCACGACGAAGAUGCUAAAGCUAGCCAACCGGCCUAUUCCUCUCCUGAACGCCGAGGCCCCCAAAGUUUACCUGACUCGGACGUGAUUGUUUUGGAAAGUUUCGAGCCAGUAGUUAGCGAGUUAGUGACUGCUCUUGAAGAAGUUGUCGAUGUUGAUAAUUCCCCAGGGUUCAUAGGCCUCGAAGAACACUGCAACACGUCUUCAUUUAAUGUUUUUAUACCGUCUGUAAAUUCCCGUGAAAUUGUCGCCAGGGCAAUAGAAGAUGAUCCUAGCUCACUGGUUCCGAAGCUCAAUGAGCCAGUGGCGAGGUUUGAAACGCAGAAUAUCACGACGGAAGACAGUCUCUACAUCAUGGAAGGCUUUGGUUUGUUCAAAAACAGUCCUGAAGAUGUUUCCGAACUCGAGGAAGAACUCGAUCGAAGGAGGAGCGCUACCUUGGACUAUGCCGAGACGGAAGGAUACCUGGCAUAUUCACCACCCGGUGAUCGUGCCCCAGGACUGAAAGUCAUCGAUGAGAUCGAGUUAAAAGCCAAAUUGCCAGUCAAGCAAGAAUCACUGGUUGCCGAUGUCCUGUGGAAUCGAAAUUUCGGAGAAGAAAUGGACGAUCUGUGGUGGCUGGACGAUGAAACUGGAAAUGCAAUUAGGAAAUCCGUCCAAAAUAGGGAUGCACAGCAGAAAAGUUUAUUUAACCCGAGUAAAUAUCCUGCAACGCUAAGAGAUGUCAAUGAAGUUCGAUCUCCUGUCAACAGCCUUUUAAUACGAGAGAAUAUGACUGAAAAAAGUACACGCCAUUUCUACGUACUGCCAACAAUUUAUGUUUUAAUCGGAAUGUGUGUCAUCAUCGUGGGAUGCAGCAUCUGGUACAGCAAGAAACGUGUGAAGAGACGGUCAAACUUGCCUAAACUCAAGUACUUCGUUCCGCAACGGCAAGAGACCACGGAGGCCAUUGUAUGAGAUAAAGUUUACGAUACUCGUGCAUACGAUUUUUUUAUUGAUGAAUUGUUAGGUGAUACAGAUGGAGUUUUUUUUACCAAUGAAAUACAUAAUGUUGUACAGGAGGUAUAGAAUGAUCCUGGUAAUUCCUAUGC